UGACUGACUGUAUGUAUGCGCUUGCAAAUUUUUAACCAACAAUAUUAGGAAAAAACACUAUAAAUAAAAACGAAAUGUGCCGUCUUCAGGCACAAUGUCGAAAGCGGUUUGUCUUCAAACCAAACUUGACAAGGUGUGAUGGAAACUCCUAUUUAAUACUGUCAUUAUUGUGCUGCUAUACAUAUUUAGAACUGGUCAAUAUGCAAUGAUGCUGUGAAUAUUUUAUUUACCCUUUUUUGUUCCACCCUUUACUAGUGAUAUUUUCGCUGAUUUUAUGUGGCAUGUUGCUUAGCUCUUCGUUUGUUAUACAUAUAGUAUAUUCUUAUAUUUUUAUAAUGGCUUUUCGUUAAUUUUGGAAUGUCUACCGCCUGCUCGUACUUUGCCCGUUUUCUCGUUUAAUCGUUGUUAUUUUACGUUGUACUUGUUGUUAUGUUCCAAUCGGUGUUCCCAGCAUGCGUCGCAGUCUCCCCUCAAGUUUCAGUGCCAAAAAAUUGAAACAAAUGCGGUUUUGCAAAAAAAAAACAAAAAACAAAAAAAAAACAUUUACAUUUAUACUGAAUGCAACGCCUUAUUUCUUUCUCAAUAUUUUAUUACCUUCCUGUCUUCGUUGGUGUCUGCCCUGCUCCUUCAUAUCGUUUCGAAUGUAGGACGGCGCGGAGUUCAACAUAGCCACAUCGUCGCUUCACGCAUUGAGCAACAGUAUGACCACCACCACACCCGCCACGGACAAGCAUAGUCCACACACCUCUCCGCGUUUCUCUCGUAGGAGCACUACGCCCAGCUUGCUUGCUGUGCAGAAUGAUUUGUAUGCCGGCCACGUGCCUAGUCUCACAUUAGCCAACUCAGGCGGUAGCAGCAACUACAUCAUCGCUGCCAGCGCAUCGGCCAUAGCUAACGCAGUACUUUCACCACAGCCCGCACCCACGGCACCGUCGAUACAGGCGCUCAAUGGCGGCGGAGCUGGCAACACCGUAAGCGCUGCUCAAAAGUCAACCAAUCGCAUGAGUGCGCCUCAAAUGGGUGCCGCUGCCGCCCCGAAUUGUGGCAAUUCCACCAGCAACUAUGUUACAAGAAUGGCAACGAGCAAAUCCGAACACAACGACAACUCAUCGUAUGCUAUAUUGCAAGGCCUGCAAGAACCCUUGCUGCCGCAAACACAACAGCAAUCAGCGGGAUCACGUCAAGCCGUCAGCGGAUCCGUGAACGCCGGCAUCUCUGGUGCUCCACCCCUGCCGCCACGAAAGUCGUCACCUGGUGUUGAAAAUAGCGCCACAAGUAUGGUCGGCGCUAGUGCUGCUGUGACGCCAGUUGCAGCUGCUGCAAGUGCGACAGUGGUCAAGCACAGAGGCCAGAUGUCAGCUGGAACUGCAACUCCCUCAGAAAGUUUAGCGGCGAACACUGAAGGAGCUGCCAUGCCACCGCAGACAACGGCACCGCCGAUACCACCGCACGGCAAUCUAAUGCUAGUUGAUAGCGUCGUCGACGAUUUACGCACGCAACAAAUCGCCACUACGACUGUAGCAACAUCUGCGGCCUCAAUCUCAUUGCAGUCGACACCAGGCUCGGCAUCAGCUACUUCGCCCACGCGUUCGAUACUGGACGACGACAUAGUAGGACCAGCAGAGACCAUUACGGGUGUAAUUGAUACACGGCCACUGGAAGCACGUCUGGCGGCAGCAGCUCGAAUUUUGGAACCAACAACGGUAAAGUUGCCACCAACAACAUGUAUAACCUCCAUGUCGGGUACUCCGCACUAUACUCAGCUCUGCAAUGCUACUUCAUCAACACAGCCAGCGGCGUCAGCACCAACCGGAGGACCAUCGACGACAUCAGCGGCUGUGGGCUCGCACCGAAAUCAACAGCAAACCUUACAAUCAACACAACAAAUACAGCAACAGCCUCUGCUGUACGAGAAUGUGACGAUCAAUCAAAAGGAAUGUAAUGUUCCAUAUGAAAAUAUCAAUCUGGAGUACAUUGCACGUCUCAUGAAUGAGGGAUAUUCGAAGGAGAAUGCGAUCACAGCGCUGGGCAUCUCACGAAACAACAUCGAAAUGGCCUGCGACAUCUUGCGCGAGUUCGUAUCGAAGAGUAGUGUUUGAGAUGUGCGACAGACGGCAAUGGUGAUAGCUGCAGUCUUGACAAAUGCAGAGCGCAUUCAAUGCAAUAACACAUACAUACAUAUAUCAGGUUAGUCAAAUGUAGAGACCAGUUAAGCUUAUACAUACAUACAUAUAAUGCGUGAUGAUAUCCUAGGCAAGGGUGAUGUUUUUGCAAGAUUAAAAUCAAAGUACUUGUAAACAAAAGCAAAUACUUAUUUUAGAAUUUCAAAAAGAAUCCUUCAUCAAUCAACAAUGCAAUGAAGAAUUGAUUAAAAAAAUCAUAAAAUAAAAUAAAUAGAUGGACGAAAUGUAAUUGAGUAAAAAAGUAAAAGCUAAGUUGCGCUUAUCAAUGAAAACAAAUACAAAUACAAUUUUUUUGGUCAUUCCUUCAUGUUAUCUUCGCAUUAUUACAUGAAACAAACCAGGCAGUUGGAAAAUUACUAAAGUUGUACUGUAGGUAACUCAUACAUUCUUAAACACAAAGGCAUUCGCCAUUGUAGUGGCAGAACCAUAAGCAAUUCUCAUAAAAAUAAAAAUCAAAAGAUAACCAAAAGAAUUGUCGAAGGAAUAACGAACUCUAUAGUUAAGAUUAUUAAGGAAAUAAAGAGCUGCAAAAAAGUUUAGUUAUAAGAUUCUCAAUAAAAUUAUAGUCAGCAUAUACAUAUAAACUUGAUACAUUGCAUACUUUCAUACACAUACAUACAUACUUAUAACUCAUUAUUAGUAUUACAGGAAAAGUCAACUAUUAUAUUACAAACCAACGUAUCUACAUAUGUAUUCCAAGAAGUACUUCGACAAACAUAUAACAGAAAAUACAAUCGUAUUUCUAUCGCGAUUACAAAAUAUUUUAGUCUCACAAAAAAAAAAAAACUAAAAGCUAAAUAACAUCGCAUCUCUAA